AUGCCCCACAACUCGACGUCUUCUUCGUUUCUGGGACGUUUGUCAGCUCGUUCCAGCUUUAUCUCCCCGAAAGACGUUAAGGUUGUCGUCCAGCUUCUCAAUGACUCCGACUCCAUCUCCAAUGAAUUCAAGAGAUCACAACCUGCACAAGCGAUAUUGGACUACAUAUGUGAACUCAGGAACAUUAGAGAGAAGGACUAUCUUGGACUUCGUUAUCAGGACCACGGCAAGCAUCGCUACUGGGUCGAUUUGUCGCGGCCAAUCGCUUAUAUAGCGAAGCAGUUCAAGUCUGAUUCACUCGCACUUCGUCUGCGCUUCCGUUAUUACCCGGUCGAACCGUCGCAUUUAAGAGAGAGUGUGAGCAGGUACCAACUGUUUAUGCAGCUGCAACGCGAUCUGUUGCAUGGUCGUCUCUAUUGUCUGCAGAGCCAGGCUGCCGAGCUGGCUGCUCUGAUUUUGCAGACUCAACUCGGUGACUACAAUGAAGCGGUGCAUAAGGGGAACUAUGUAUCUCAGUACAAACUAUUGCUUAAGCAAACACCAUACUUGGAAGAACGUAUCGCUGAAAUCCACAAAUCUUUGCGAGGUAAGGCGACUCCCGUUGCGGAAUUGGAAUUUCUGGAAAAAGCAAGCCGUUUAGACACAUAUGGUUUUGACCCAUAUACAGUCAAGGAUCCCAAGGACAGUUCGCAUGCUGUUUAUUUGGGUGUGUCACACAAAGGAAUUUUAAUUUUCCAUGGAAGUCAGAAAUUACACCACAUUCCAUGGUCUUAUUUGUCAAAAGUGGAUUACACUGGGAAAGAGCUGCACAUAUAUCCAAUAGAGGCAUACGUCCCACCGAUCAGCAAUGGUUCUAGCGAUGGAAAAACUGAUUAUUUGAACCGUCCCACACGAAAUAUCGUAGAUAUUUUACCUGAUCGAAAAUCCCGCCUUGUGCUGAAGUACCACUGUCCAUCUAGUAUGUUUGCCAAACACCUCUGGAAUCAUAUUUUAAGCCAACAAGCAUUCUUCAACGAACAGAGCGUGCUAAUGAUUAAACCAAAGUUUUCAAAACCACGAAUACCACUACUUUCGCGAGGGUCAACGUUCCGUUUUCCUUCCCGUCGAGUUCUACGUGAGAUCGAAAAUACUGACAUUCUAAUGGAGAACGAGCAUGUCGCUAACGGGUUAGCGUUUGUACGUUUUGAAUUGCCCCGUCAAGAGCCAAGAGGUGAUCAACCGUGGUUGAACAAGUACCAUACCAUGCCAAACAUGAGAACGAACAACAACAAUAACGAACAUCUUAAUAUUAAUCAAAAUUCUGUUGAGGAUCCGAUAGGUGAGAAAGUAGGAAGCAGUAAAUUCCAACGAUAA